GUCGCCGUCGGUGAGUGAAGAGACGCAGACUGAAGGUCAGACUCUGUCUCUGACUGAGUCCAGCUGCAAAAGACGAGACGCUGCUUCGUCCACGUGUCCACACACUGAAGCCUCUCUCACAGACAAAAUGGCCUCCACAUCAGAGGAGGAUCUCUGCUGUCCCGUCUGUCAGGAGGUCUUCAAAGAUCCUGUCCUUCUGUCCUGUAGCCACAGCUUCUGUAAAGACUGUGUGAAGACAUGGUGGAGAGACAGACCAACACGAGACUGUCCUGUUUGUAAGAGAAGGUCUUCAAAAGAACAACCACCAUGUAGCCUGGCUUUAAAGAACUUGUGUGAGACCUUUUUACAGGAGAGAGGUCAGAGGUCUUCAGAGGUUCUCUGCAGUCAGCACUCUAAGAAACUCAGACUCUUCUGUCUGGACCAUCAGCAGCCAGUGUGUCUCGUCUGCAGAGAUUCAGAAAAACACAUCGGCCACAAGUUCAGACCCAUCGAUGAAGCUGCACAACAACACAAGAAGCAACUUCAGGAAACUCUGGAGACCUUCAAGAAGAACUUAGAGAGUCUGGAAGAAGUUCAGGUGAAGCUUGAUCAAACAGCAGAACACAUUAAAGUCCAGGCCCAACGCACAGGGACACGGAUGAAGGAGCAGUUUAAGAAGCUUCAUCAGUUUCUACAAGAGGAAGAGGAGACCAGGAUGGCUGCACUGAGGGAGGAAGAGCAGCAGAAGAGUCACAUAUUGAAGGAGAAGAUGGAGGCUCUGAGCAGAGAGAUAGAAGCUCUAUCAGAUACAGUCAGAGCCACAGAGGACCAGCUGAGAGCUGAAGACGUCUCCUUCCUCCUCAACUACAGAGAGCAGCAGCGCCCCCUGCUGGGGCCUCCACAGCUGCACUCAGGAGCUCUGAUAGACGAGGCCAAACACCUGGGCAACCUGGACUUCAACAUCUGGAACAAGAUGAAGGACGUGGUCUCCUACAGUCCUGUGGUUCUGGACCCAAACACUGCUCAUCCACUCCUCAUCCUGUCUGAAGAUCUGACCAGUGUGAGACGAGAAGACAGACAGAAGGUUCCUGAUAAUCCAGAGAGGUUUGAUUAUUUCAUCAGUGUCCUGAGCUCUGAGGGUUUGAACUCAGGAACUCACAGCUGGGACGUCCAGGUUGGAGACAAUAAAUGGUGGACAGUGGGAGUUUUAGAGUCUGUCCAGAGGAAAGGAAAAGACGUACUGUCUGGAUUAUGGGCGAUAAGGCUCCAUAAAGAUAAAUACUACGAACGGUCACCAGGUAAAAACUCUGUCCUCCAACUGAAGAAGAUCCAGAAGAUCAGAGUGAGUCUGGACUGGGACAGAAGACGACUGUCCUUCUCCGAUCCUGAUACUAACACACACAUACUCACACACACACACACUUUCACACACUCCAUGUUUCCAUACAUUGACAUUGGUGACGAUCAUCACCCAGUGAAGAUGUUACCAGUGAAGGUUUGAGUGACAAAGGGGUUGGUUUGUUAAAGGGACAGUUCAGAGAACUGGACCUCUUAAACUUCACCUCUUUUGACACUUUUCACUCGUUCUUCUCUCCUUUUAGAGUUUGUUGUGUUUUUACAUGUAUAAAAAUGAUUUCACUGACAUUUUUCUUCAGAUUUUGGUUUAGUAGACGUUAGUAGACGUUUUCAUAAAGACAGUGUGUCAUUUCAACCUUGAGAAAUUAGACACAAAAAUGGGUGAGACACAAUAAAAAGUGUCUCACCCACUUUUUAUUGUUUCAUUUAUGUUAAUGUUUGACACACACACACACAGACACACACACACAAACACAGUCCAUAUGUGUCCCUCCCACCAGCUCAGCUGUGGUUUCAAAUGGUUUCAGGCAGAACAAGAACACAGUGAGAAGACAAAUAAAGUCAUUUAUUCAUGUUG